GGCUCAACCUUACGAGGUUUGUUGAUUUUUUCGCGAUGAUCGUAUGUUUUUGAGUUAGGAAAAAUUGAUUGGAUUGAAAAUGUAUAUAAUGUGCAGUGGGAGUGGGGGUGAUUCGAGGGUUGCAUUCUCGGAGAAUUCGUCACCGGUUUUGGAGAGGAAAGUGAUGUUAAUGAAGGAGGAAGGUGGAGAGGAUGUUCUGACGUGUUGUCAGGAAUGCAAAUUGGAGUAUGAGAAGGAGGCAAUUCAUCAGAUAUCGUUUUUGGAUAAAGAGCAUUUGCCUUCUUGGCUCAAGCCACAUGCUGAUAAGGAGGAUUUGGAUCAGUUGAGGAGGAAGUACAAUAGGCAGCGCCAGAAUCUGCAUCACAACCAUCUUGUGGGGAGGAAUAGCCAUUACUAGCCAUUACAUGGUUG